GACAAACCCUACUUUUGUUUUUUUCGUCAACGACAAAAACCCUACUAAGGUCUUAAAAUAUGCUACCCUCGCCGUCUGUGCAUAUGGCGUCACCUCCGCCGUCUCUGAAUAUGGCGUCACAUCCGCCGUCUCCAGCCACAGCCUCACGUAAACGAUUUCAAGAUUCCAGUAAAAAGAUCAUGAACCCGAGUUUCGCUGACCUACCAUCAAGCCUCAUAGAGGAGAUAAUGUUACUUCUUGUCUUAAAAGAUAACAUACGAGCAUCAGCAGCUUGUAAGUCAUGGUAUGAAGCUGGUGUCUCUGUUCGUGUAGUCGAUAAGCAUCCUUGGCUUAUGUGUUUUCCUAAACGUGGCAACUUGUUCGAGUUCCGCGACCCUUUACACUGGAAGUUACACACGUUGGAUCUCCCAGAGUUAGCUGAAUCAACUGUUUGUUACUCAAGAUUCGGUUGGUUACUUAUGCGUAAAGCUUCAUCAAACGACGUGUUCUUCUUCAAUCCGUUUUCUAGGGAUAUCAUAAGUUUGCCAAUGUGUGAGCUUGAUUUUCAGCAGAUUGCGUUCUCUUGUCCUCCUACAUCAGAUGAUUGUGUGUUACUAGCGAUAAAGUUUGUUCCGGGUGAGGUUAAUCGUGUCACUGUCAGUACUUGCAAUCCUGGAGCAACUAAAUGGAUUACUAACGACUUCCCUACUUUUCUGAGAUUGUUUUACAUGCAAAGCAACCUUGUCUAUCGGAGAGAUCGAUUCUAUUGCUUUAACGCUGAAGGAACUUUGUAUAGCUUUGAACCAUCUUAUCGUGAAUGGAGUUACAUUUGUGCGGAUAAACUCAGAUGCCCGUAUGUCCAUGAGAACCAAUAUAUGUGGUGUGGGAAAGCAGUUUUCUUGGUAGAGAAGAAAGGAGAGCUCUUUGUAAUGUUUACAUGUAGCAACGAGAAGCCAAUGGUGUAUAAACUAUUCUCUAUGAAGUGGAAGGAGUUGAGUAGGACAACACUUGAUGGGAUGACAUUUUUUGUCAGUUUUUAUAACUCUGAGUUGAGGAAUAAUCUCCCAUGGAUGAGGAACAAUGUCUAUUUCUCAAGGUUUGGUUACAAUCGCAAACAUUGUGUUUCUUUUUCAUUUGAUGAAAGCAGGUACAAUACGCCUAAAGAAUGGGAGCAAUGGGUAGAACUUUGUCCUCCUCAAAGCCUUUGGAUUGAUACGCCGAAGAAUGUGUUAGACUACUUCUUGUAAGAUUUUCAUAACAAUUGAGAAAUGUUUUUUUUAUUGGGUUAGAUAUGAUUAGAAGUCAGGUUUAAUUGGGAACUUGGGAGUCAUCAUCACUCUUGUGUUUUUGUUUACCAGAACUGGUUGCUGUUAUUGUAAAAGUCUUCUUCUUCUUCUAAAGUUGACAUUGGACUCUUUCUGAUUC